GGCCGCAACACAAGGCGUGAACGCGGACGCGCUGAGCGCGACGGGAACGCGCAGCACGCUAUACACUACGCCACCGACGCGUAGCCCAGGAACCAUGGAGACCAGCUAGCGGCGGGGCUGCCCGGACACCAGAGCAGCAGCAGGGGGGCUGCCUAGCCUCACGCCGCGCAGCCGUAGCGGGACGGUCCCACGCAACAAGAGAUGGCCCAGGACAUGGCCUUCAGCCCGGACCCCAGUCAGCAUAACUUUACGAGUUCCGAGUACGUCGCCGACGGGGCCGUCGCCGACGACCAGGUCCAACCCUACGACAGCACGCAAGAUGCACAAAAAUGGUAUGAUGACAAUGUGAACGAGGACGCCCAGCAGAAGGCGGAAAGGCUCAAUAGAUUGCGACUCCAGCUCGAGCGAGCCGCGGCCCGGGAAGGCACGUCCACCGGAGCCAUCCUCGAACGACUGGAGGAAUAUGCUCCAGUUAGAGCCGUCUGGACGGAAUAUUUUGAUGAGGAAAACACUCCAUUUUACGUGAACGAAGCUACCGGCGAGACGCGGUGGCAGCUCCCGCGACCGGAGGAGCUCGGUCUCGAGUUAGCUCUCGAUGCGCUGCUUUGCGACGACCCAAAGCUCAAGGAAGAAAAGCUCGCCGAGCUCGCGAAGAAGAAGGCCAUCGACGACGAGAGUUCGCUGAUGACGGGCGAGGACUACUCGUUGGAAGACCAGGAGACGCCGGAGGAGCGGGAAGCGCGCGAAGCGCGGGAACUGGAAGAACGAAUAGCGUGGGAGGAGUCCGAGCGGUUGCGAAUCGAGCAGGAGCGCAUCGACGACGAGCACUUCCGGCGGGGCCAGGCCGAGGCGAAGCAGGCCUCCGUUUCUCUGUUGGCUCGGAAUUUCUAUUUUUCCAUCAAGGACGAGGUCCGUGACUCAGUGUCUGUUUCUGACGUUUUCUGAACUUCAAGGUCGCGUCGAUGGCGUCAGCGCGACGCUACGCCCACGCGACGCCGUCGACGUGGUCGUCAGAGAGUCUACACGUCUCGUGAGUGGACGGAGACGGUUUCGCGACGCCGUCGUUCGACGCAGGCCUGCACGAAGCGCGUACAAGACUGGCUCACGGAGAAGCGCGACGCCCACGAGGCCCAGCAGCGGGAGAUGUACCGGACGAUCAAGGCGGAGUUGAAGGUGAUUGUGCGGCGUCCGAUGUAUGUUCAUCGUUGAGAGCGUCGCGGCGACGGCACGACGCUGUCGUCACGCGACCGCGCGCAGGUCUGCCCCGCGCCGAAGCCCAUCAACGAGUUCGCCGAAGCUCUAGCCGCUGCCGCUCGGGCCGACGAGGGCGAGGAGGGCGCCAACAAAGCCGUCGAUACAUAUGAAAAAACGGAAGAGGCCUCGGCCGCCCGGAAGCUCAAGAUGACCGAAGCAUUGGCCAAGAGAGUCAAGAAGAGGCGCGAAGAUCGCCUCGCGCUGUGGGCGGACGACGGCGACCGCGACGACGACGACGAGGCGUGCGCUUCGAAUCGAUUAGCUGUCGUGCUUGAAGAAGUGAAGGGGCGAGGCGCGGACUUUAGGCACCUGCGGGAAGUGAGAUUAGUCGACUGUCUGAUCACGGAUCAAAAACUUGCGGUCUUAGUAGAGUCGUUGGGCCAAGGCUGCGUUUCCGUAUUAGCGCUGGGCGGCAACCAAAUCACGAAUAUCGGCGCGCGGACGCUGGGCGAAGCUUUACAAGCGCUAGCGCCGCUCCGCGAACUCCAUCUCAACGGCAAUCACAUCGCCGACCCCGGCGUCGAGUUUCUGUGCAAAGGGUUAUUCGGCCACUUAACCGCUGCCGAGAAGAAGGAACAACUGCGUAAAGCUAAGAGACUACAGAGGAUGGCCUCCGCAAAAGCCAAAAGGUUGAACGUCAAGGGGAAAAGCAACUCGCUGACGCCUCCCCCCGUCGCGAAGCCGCAGCCGCCGUCUCGCUUGGCCGUGUUGGAUCUUUGUAGCAAUCCAGUCAGUCCGGAAGGCGCUCGCGCGUUGGCCGAGUCCCUGACGCUAGAACGGUGCCGCCUGACGACUUUAAGGCUAGGAGGCGUCCCCAAAACGCUAGACUGCUUCAAGCCCACCGAGGAAGGCAAUAGAGCGAGGAAAGUGAAUCAAAUAGUCAUCGGCGACGCCGGGGCGAUCAUGCUCUGCGGGGCGUUGUUAUUGAGUCCGGCGGUCUUGGAAGCGAAGGGCCACUCCGGUUUAGAAACGCUGUGUCUGUCGCGGUGCGGCAUCGGUCAGGCCGGAGCGAGGGCAUUAGCUGCCAUGUUGUACUGCGAGCCUUCCCUCACAUCUUUAGAUAUUUCCGGCAAUGCGUUGGAGGGCAAAGGCGUCGGUCGAAGCUUCAAGGAGCGGCCCCUCGCGUCGCGAGUGCUAAAGCGCGGACUGGCCGAGCCGCCGUCCGCACCCUUGCAGGACCUAGAUCGAUCUAGUGGACUGGCCUGUUUGGGCCGGGCGCUGGAAGCCACGUCAUCCCUUAAAAGAGUACUGCACGACGAUGUGGACACUGCUUCAUAUUUUGAUAAAUGCCUAGCCCUAGAUCCGCCAGCGGACUGGAGUAGACGACGACGACUCGGCGUCGACGCGUGUGCGACGCGGGAAUGGUUGUUGUCCUGCUUCAAGGCCGAGGGCAUGGCUCUACCGUCGCCCGGCGCGCGGGAGACGGCGCUGGCGAUGGAAAAUGACAUGACCGAGGAACCGUCGCCAGUGCUGACGCAGCGUCCGUUUCCGACCGUUUCCGAACUUCAACCUUGUGAAGAUGGCGUCAACGCCAUGCUGCGGGUCUACGCGUCUCGCGAGUGAACGGUGUCCGUGCCACGCAGGUGGAGCUCCCCAUCGAGGAGAAGUCCUCUCUCUCCUCAGGCGCCACGACUAGAAGAGCGUCGCAGUUCUUCCGCCACGGGUCGCUGCUGACCGAUGGCUCGGUGGACACCUGUGUGGAAAUCAAAUUUUACGGCGCGUUCGUGCUGCAUCGUCGCGUCGACCUCCACGCCGUCGCCGCGACGCCUGCUCGAUGGCGUGGCGAUGCCGGUUCCUCACCGCUCGACGGAGCCAGCACUGGUUGAUUUCCACACAGGUGGACACGGUGCGAACGGCGGCGUCGCCGAUGCGAUCAUCGCAGCUGGGCCGCGUCGACGAGGAACGUUUGGUGUACGAGCCGUCGUCCUUCCACGAGCGCGGCGAGCUCACGGACGAAAAUUGGCAGAAAAUGAGAAGGCGCGAGGACCGCGAAUUCCGUUUGUCGCAGGGGCUACCCGCGUCGCCCGCCAAGAAGACAAGUGUUAAAAGACGUACUUCGUACGACCAGUACCGAAGCACCUCAUCGAGGACGCCGUCGCAGAUCCUGUCUUCCCUCGAACCCGUAAGUCUCCAGAGCUCAUUGAUCGCUUUUGAUUAUGGCGACGAGCUCUUCGUGGAAGGUGAGAUCGACGAUUCGAACGCUGCUUGUGCCGCGUGGCAGUCGCUCGACGAUGCGUGCAGUGAUGUGUGGCCCCUGUCCUAUCUGGAGUCGCUCGUGCCGACGCCUGUCGGGGACGACGUUUUGAACGUCUUCCACACGCUUAGGAGCGCUCCGGACGACGUUCCGUUGGGUGUCUUGUUCCCUGGGGCUGAUGUCUUGGCUGAAAGGAGUGGUGUUCCCUCGCAAGCUCGCUGGGACGCGCUGUGGCGGUGUUCUCGCUGUCUCGAGGUUCUGGGCCGAGAGAGGGAGAUCCGAGCCGACGCGUCCCGUGCUGUGUUAGAUGCUUCACAAAAAAUUGUGGAGAAGUCGAUCGAUCAAAGACUGAAGCGUCGAUCAGACUUCUGGCAGCACCAAGAGGCUGUUGACGCUUCAUAUGAAGCAGCGUGUGCAGCUCUACGGAGACGCGAAGCCGUCGCGGCGCAGUGCGCGAAGGAUUUGGACGAGAAGAAGGACGCCCUUACACAACUGCUCCAGGACUGUAGAGUAGAUAGAAACAAUGCGAGAGAUCUGGCCAAGAGUCAAGCGAAGUCGGCCAAGAAGGCCGCCCUGGCGUCGCAGCAGGCCGCGACGGCGCUGCGCAAGGCCAUGAAGAAAGCUAAGGCAGACAAAGAGCAGAAACGGGCCGAGGGGAGAGAAACGAUCCACGACGAGCAGGCCCAGGCGCGCGGUGCGAUCGCCGCGUUUUGAACUCGUGUCCAUCGCACGAUGCCGUGGGUGGUUUCUUUGUUGAUUUUGAGCUGUUUCGGACCGCGUCGGGGCCGUCGCGGCGUGUCAGAGAGACAGCGGUCAUGGCGUCUUCACGAGACAUCAUCGUCGUGAACCCACGAGAGUCUACGUGGUCAGCAGGACGCCGUCGAGACCGAUUUGACGGAAAUGCUCCGCGCAGGCGAGACGGACGCCCGCGUCCUCGAAGCCUUGAGAGUUUCAGAUGAGGCGUCCGAAUAUGCCGGGAAGACCGAGGACUUGAGACUGAGAGCCUUGGAGCGCGUCACGGUCGCGGAGACUUGCUUCCAACGAACUUACUUGGAGUUACUACGACUCAAAGCGGACCACGCUGCGGCUGCGGCCGACGUCCGGGACUGGCGAUUUGUAUUGAUGGACUUCGACCGCGCGGAGACUUGCAGGGUCAUCGAACGAUGUAUCGAUGAUGAGCCGUACGGCGACCAACAAAGGAAAGAUGAGGCCUUCCACGCCGCGUGUGAAGAGGAUGCAACGAGAAGCGAAGACGCUACCGUACGAGCUUUUGACCUCGCGGAGCGGUUAAAAACGGCCUCCGAGACCAGAAAAGAGCAGCAGUGCUACGACGAGCACUUAGCGGAAGGUCCGUGCGGCUCGACGGCCAUGGACGACGCCGUCGUCGACGCUCGACGUAAAAGAGAUGCCGCGGACGCUUCUCUCGCCGCAGCUGAUGCGAAACGAAGGUUACUGGUGCGGCUGAACCCCUUCGCGUCCAAGCAACUCGCUGCCGAGCUCAACGCGAACGUCAUAGCCGCCACACAGUGGCGCAAGGCCUGCUGGCAGCGCUGCGGCGACGCGCUGAAGGACGCUUCCGGUUUCAAAGCAAGUAUGCGGGACGGGAACCUGACGCCGCGACGACGGGCGCAGAACGACGUUUCCGUGAAGGCGAAGCAUCCCUCGUCCGAGACAUUGGUGACGGCCUACAACGCCGUGACGGUGAGGGCCGUCAGAGCGAUCGAGUUCGAGCAGCGCGAGGAGCAGCGCGUGCGAGAUGAGGCUAUCAGACUGCGGGAAGAACAGCGGCGCGAUCGGAACGACCAGCUUGCGCAAUUGGCGAAGGUCGACCCGCGGCAAGCUGGUCAUAUGAUUGUACAACGUAUUCGAGCGAUGCGCGACGGGGGCCUGCCGGUCGAUAAAGAUGAUUUGGACGAUCUACGAGCGUUGCGCCAGUCCAAGGCCCGCGCGAUCUCGGCGUCCCGGCGUGUUGGGGUGUCUUCACUUUGUUGCUGGGACUCGUAUCUAGCACACGAUGCCGGGGGUGGUUUCUUGUUCGAGUUUGAGGCUCCGCGCAGGCGCGAAGGGUCGACUCCGGGCCAAGCAGACGCGUCGACUCUUCAAGCGGGCCAAGGCUUUAAGGGACGACGCCUAUGAAGCCGAGUCAGCAGCAAAGCACGCCCUGCAAGCUCUGAUGGACGACAAGGAACGGAAGCGCGUUGAUGAGCUGUUGAG